UCCCGAGCGUGUUCCCGGAACUGCAGCUGUUAGUCGCGGGCGCUAUGGCUUCAAGGUUACUUCGCGGAGCCGGAGCGCUGGCCGCGCAGGCCUUAAAGGCCCGUGCUCCCAAUGGAGCGCCUGUGGUGCGCUCCAUGGCGUCUAGAGGUGGUGUUCCUACUGAUGAGGAUCAGGCUACUGGACUGGAAAGGGAGAUCAUGAUGGCCAGGCAAAAGGGACAGGACCCUUACAAUAUAUUGGCCCCCAAAGUAGCUGCAGGCACCAAGGAAGACCCUAAUUUGGUUCCAUCCAUCAGCAACAAGAGGAUAGUGGGCUGCAUUUGUGAAGAAGACAACUGUACUGUCAUCUGGUUCUGGCUGCACAAAGGGGAAACUCAGCGAUGCCCAGGUUGUGGAAGCCACUACAAGCUGGUAUCCCACUAGAUGGGCCACUGAACCCCAUACUGAUGUUCUUAGAAUGUGCUGUAAAGUUUCUUCUUCACAAUAAAGACUAGCCAUUGCAUUGGCUCCUCCCAUA